AUGCGAGGACUGUUCUCAAUGACACUUGUGCUGCUUGUGGUCUUGAUGGUCACAGUAGAGGCAGGACACAAACAUGGUGACAAAAAAGGUGAGAAAUGUGAUAAAACUACAUUGUGUACAGUAUCUCAGAUUUAACUAAAUAUGUCCCUUUGAAGGAGCCUAUGUUGUUUACCUAUGUUAUGUUUUGUUUCGACAAAUGUCUGCCAUGUUUGGGUGGCCACAGGUCAGAAAGCCAAAGAGGGGGGCGAAGCAGAGUGCACUGAGAAGUUCUUUGCCAAAUGUGUUCCCAACGCUGGUGACUGUGGAGAUGGGUUCCGUGAGGCCACCUGUGGCGAGCACACCACCAAACACAAGUGCAAUAUCGCUUGCAACUGGAAGAAGGCCUUUGGCGGUAAGAGUGCAAAUGUGGGAAAUGGACUGUGGUCCUGGUAUACAUGUGCAUAUACUGAAUAUACUACAUGUAUCUGCAUUCUGUACAGUCAUCAUACAGUAACUAGGCCCAUAGUUUUUUUGUGAUCACUGGUCAGGUCUCAUCGUGGUCAGGAAAAACUCUGGGCCCUAAUCAUAACGGAAUUAGGAUAACUUUUUUAAUUUUUUAAAUUAUAUAUUUUUUUAUAUAAUCUGUGGUAUUUCUUUCUAGCUGACUGCAAGUACAGGUUCACCAACUGGGGCGAGUGUGACACGACCACCAGCACCAAGAGCCGGUCAGGAACCCUGAAGAAAAGCCUGUUCAAGUUAGACUGCGAGGCCACCAUCAAGGUGACCAAGCCCUGCUCCUCCAAGCCCAAGGGGAAGGGAGGAAAAGGUGGGUCGGAUCUCAAUAGACCACCAUAG